CCAGUGAUUAGUAAUCAUUAGAUAGUACUGUAGAAUAGUAGAUAGCAGAUAGCUUCUCCUCACUUUUCACUCAAGAAAUGCUUUGGAACGUGAAAACAAACAAACAUGCCUCGAAACGCAGGAAAUUGAUCAAAGAGAUUAGGUUUAGGGUUAGAAAAGUUCAUCGGAGCUAAUUUCAUUUCCACCGCCACCGCCACCGCCACCUGAACUCCGAUGUCGGAUAGAAUCAGCGACCUACCCGAUCCGAUCCUCUGUCAAAUUCUCUCCUCCCUCCCAACCAAACUCGCCGCAACAACAACCGUUCUCUCACACAGAUGAAAAUCUCUCUAUCUCCAACUCUCCAUCCUCGACUUCAACGACGAAACCUUCCAACACUUCAAUUCAUUCAUCCAUUUCACAUCCACGGUAAUUUCCUCUCGCGACAUCACCGUACCGAUCCAUUCCCUAACCUUCAAAUGCAGCAACAAAACCUCUUCCUCUCACCAACGACUGAUGCUCAAUGGAGUUCUCAACUCUGUUUUCGACCGAAUACGAGUCGAGAAUCUCCGUUCCCUCGAAAUCACAUCCAAUGGUAACCUAAUAGUUCAAUUACCCCGCCGCGUUCUUAGUUGUAAGAACCUUCAAGUUCUUAAGUUGAAUAAUGCAAUAAUGGAAGAUAGUUGUACUUCUAGUGGAUUAGGUUUUGAAUCUCGUUUCGAUUUUCCACUUCUCAAAAUUCUCCAUUGGAAUGGUCUUAAAUUCUUAACUGCAGAAUUUCUUGUCAAGUUUAUGUCCAGUUGUCCUGUACUAGAAGAAUUGCACGCGUAUGGUUCAUCACACGUAUCUCUUGUACAUGAUUCCGAGGAAAAGUUUAAUCCGUUUCCCAAUUUGGCAACCGCAACAAUUUUCGAUCAUAAUGUUCCGAUUACUUUGCUCUCUGAGGUUCAGAGUCUGCAUCUUAAAAUGAAUAGGAGGUGGAUCCGUUGCGAGCAGCUUCCCUUGUUUCAUCAACUCACCAACAUUGACAUCAUCUUUACCUAUAUAUUGUUAAAAGAUGCGCUGAAGUGGUUGCUAGAGUUACUCGGAAAUUGCCCCAAACUUCAAAAUUUUAAAAUUCAGGAUUAUACGGAUGGAUAUGGAUAUCUGAUUGAGUUGGUUGGCGACUAUUGGAUUGAUCCAUCAACUGUUCCACAGUGUCUUUCAUGGCAGCUCAAAACUUUCUUCCUUGGAGGCUACAAAGGCAACGAAAAUGAGUUCCAAUUUGUCAGAUAUAUUAUGCAGAACUCAAAGGUACUACAGACAGUGACAAUUAAGACCACCCUCGACGCAGAUAUCGAUAGAAAACACGAAAUGAUAAGGGAGUUAUCUUCAACUACAAUGAGUUCUACAGCAUGUAAGCUUUUAUUUGAUUGAUUGAUGCAGGAUGAGUAUGUAAUACUAGAUUCUACAUAUACAAUAGUAGAAUUUGAUGGUUUGAAAUGCACCAUAUUUGACGAUAAAGUUGAUGGUAUGGUGGAAAACAAACAUAAGUGUUGGUGUGUUUUUCUGUGUCAUUUACCUAUGUCAACCAAAUUCUAGAUAAAUAAACUUAGAGUUUGUAGUUGAUGUAUGGCUUGUAUUUUGUACCCUGGACGAGUUUGUUAUGGACUUGUGGGGGAGGAUUAAUAGAUGUCAUAAUCUGCAACUACAUGGUCGGUGUAGAGAGUAGAAUGACACCUUGCUUUCAAUGGAAAAACAACUAGCAUGGUCUUAGUUUUUGCACACCACUCUAAUAGCUUUUAGAAUUUCAUCACUAAUUCUCAAAAUAUUAUGGUUUUUGUUUUCUGUUUGUGUCUGACUUUGUAGUUUUGCUUGCUGUAGAUUUCUUGUAGUUUUUAAGUUUAAGAUUGCAGAUUUUUAAGUUAAUUAUUAGGCAUGAAACGCCGUACUGAAGAACUUGAUCAUGGAAACUGUUUUGUUAGUGCAUUGGUUACAAUUCUUGUGGUUUUCUAGCUAAACUAAACAUGGACUGCAAAACUCCUUCCACUCUUGAAGCCAUGGUUUUCUCUUCAUCUA